AUGAAGCAGUUACCUCUUCAUAUUUUGGUCCUUUUUCUGUUAUGGUCUACACAUGCAUACGAUAACAGAUGUGGGGAUAUCUGUGGCCGCCGUCCUUUGGCCUCCAGUCACAGUAGCAACCUGCGGAUCGUGGGUGGCACUGAUACGCUCCCAGGAACGUGGCCUUGGAUUGUCAGCAUCCAGAUACCCACCAUAAGUGGCUACAAGCACACCUGUGGGGGGGCCCUCAUCAGCCCUCGCUGGGUCCUCACAGCGGCCCACUGCUUCCUCAACAAAAGAUACCUAGAACACUGGAAGCUGGUUUUUGGUGCUGCUCAGCUUUCUCGGCCUGGUCCGGAUGCCCAGGAACGCACCAUCAAGAACCUGGUGGAGCACCAGCAAUACAUACGUUCCACCCAUUUCAACGACGUGGCCUUGAUGGAGCUAAGCCACCCAAUCAACUGCAGUGACUACAUCCAACCUGCCUGCUUGCCGGACAUGGGUGUGGAGAUUUCAUCGCUGACCCACUGCUACGUCAGCGGCUGGGGAGUGACCGAUGUCUCACAGCCCAAUGUGACCUCGGAUAUCCUGCAAGAAGCCAAAGUGAACCUCAUCCCCACAAGCACCUGUAACAGCACCACCUGGUACAACAAGAAAAUCCAUCAUAACAAUCUCUGUGCCGGGCAUGAGGAAGGAGGCAUUGACACUUGCCAGGGUGACAGUGGUGGUCCUCUCAUGUGUCGGGAGCAAAGGUCCGAGCGUUUCUGGCUUGUCGGUGUCACCAGCUGGGGGGCUGGCUGUGCCAGGGCCAUGAGGCCUGGCAUCUAUUCCUCCACGCAACUUUUUCUGAACUGGAUCAAAGACAUGACAAAGGAGAACUUCUUCAAGACUCCUCGCCCACCCAAAAUAAGACCUCCGGCAAAGCCGCUUGAUCAGCUGUGGCAACAAACCGCCCCCUCAAAUGGAAACCAGCAGCUUGAGAGCUGGGUUCAACCCAGGCCGAGGCCAACAAUGUCCCCUUCAAGGCCAUCUUCCGCAAACGAAAUCCAACAGUUUGAGAACUGGGCUGCAGCUCAUAUGAGGCCUAAAUGGGCAGAACUGGGGCCAAGGCUGGGCUCCAGCUUACCGGCCUCCCCCCAGAACCAGGCCCACCGCGGUGCCUUGGCCAGGAUAUGGUGCACAGCAGCCCCAGACAUGGGGGUGGCCUGUCCAGAAAUGGUCUCGCCCAACGACAUCCUUGAGUUACCUCUGGUACUCGAGAUGGAGCAGGUCCCCUAA